GAGGGCGGCCGAGAUUGGCGGAGGCGGUCAUGUGGGCGGUCACGUGCUGCGGCGAGCUCCGUCCAAAAGAAAAUGGGGUUUGGUGUAAAUCUGGGGGUGUAAUGUUAUCAUAUAUCACGCUACCUCGUAAAACCGACACUGAAAGCUGCCGGACAACAAAUCACAGGUCAAAAUUAUGAGUUCUUCGUAUUAUGUGAACGCGCUUUUUAGCAAAUAUACGGCGGGGGCUUCUCUCUUCCAAAAUGCCGAGCCGACUUCUUGCUCCUUUGCGCCCAACUCGCAGCGCAGCGGCUACGGGGCGGGCGCGGGCGCCUUCGCCUCGUCCGUGCCGGGCUUGUACAAUGUCAACAGCCCCCUCUAUCAGAGUCCCUUCGCGGCCGGCUACGGCCUGGGCGCCGACGCCUACGGCAACCUGCCCUGCGCCUCCUACGACCAAAACAUCCCCGGGCUCUGCAGUGACCUCGCCAAAGGUGCCUGCGACAAGGCGGACGAGGGCGCGCUGCACGGCUCGGCCGAGGCCAAUUUCCGAAUCUAUCCCUGGAUGCGGUCCUCAGGGCCCGACAGGAAGCGGGGCCGCCAGACCUACACGCGCUACCAGACGCUGGAGCUGGAGAAGGAGUUCCACUUCAACCGCUACCUGACGCGGCGCCGCCGCAUCGAGAUCGCCCAUGCGCUCUGCCUCACCGAGCGCCAGAUCAAGAUCUGGUUCCAGAACCGACGCAUGAAGUGGAAGAAGGAGCAUAAAGACGAGGGCCCCACCGCCGCUGCCCCCGAGGACGCCGCGCCUGCCGCGGCUGUCACCACCGCGGCUGCCGCCGCCGCAGCGGACAAGGCCGACGAGGAGGACGAUGAGGAAGACGACGAAGAGGAGGAGGAAGAAUGAGGGGCCCGAGGCGGGAGUGGGGGGGCCCUGGCUGCACUGGACAGUCUGGAAAGUGUCUUUAAGAGACUCCCCGAUUUUAUUUACAAACAUGAAAGGGGAAAAUGUUUAAAAACAACAAUACCCAGCCCCCUAUUCCCCACCCCACCUCCCAUUACCCACUUAAACCCCCCAAUUUCCUGGACUGAGCAGCCACAGAGACUAGGUCCUCUUGGGGACCUCCUCCUCUGCCUCCAAGGAUCCCUAACAGACACCCCCUUAACCUAAGGCCUGCCAGCCUCACUGGAGCAGCCAAAAUACUACCUAGCACAGGCCUCACCUUGAGGCACCCCCAAACUACCUAUGGCCCAGCCCCAGUGGGCCUUCACUUCUAGGAAACCCAGACCACGUCCCAACACUGGCAGAUACUCAGCACCACCCCACAGCCCCAAGGACCUGACUCAGUACUACCUAUUCUCCCCCAAACUACCUAUUUUGUGCUUGCUGGAUCGUCUGCUACCUAGUGCCGGGCCCUCCCUGGCCAGGCUACUGCUGCUUCCAGCCAGCAGCCUUUUGGGGUCCCGGAGGCUGUGCUGGGAUCCAGGGAACAGGGCAUUGGCUUCUAUUUAAAUUGAAAAAUAAUAUAUUUAUUCCAAAGCAUUCUAAGUGCUGUAACCUAGAGCCCCUCCUUCUCUGGCCUGGGUACCCCACAUUCAGGCCCUUCACAUUGCUUCUUGAAGGGAACAUUUCCAAGGUGGCUGCACACCUCUUGGGUCAGCUUCAGUGAGUAGAACCUCAGAGAAGCUGUCAGCCACGCUCCCUGCCGCUGCCCACCCCCUACCCCAAGCCCCUGUGUUCUACUGUCCAGCCAUGUCAAAUAUGGACACCGGAACUUUUCCUACCGUAGCAAAUACUGUAUAUUUCAAUGGGAUUUUUGUUGUUGUUGUUGUCAUUUGUAUAGUCUUGGCACUCAUUUGUAAGGCAAUGUCUUGACUUGGGAAGGAUGUGUUAAUGGGGUGACUUUGUAGCAUGGUGUUGUCUUGAUCUAAGGACAGGGAGGCCAAAGCCCUGCCAAGGACCUCCGCUUUUCAUCUCCUAGUUGUCCUGGGACCUCCUCGGCUCCAGCGGAGGUCCAGGGAAGGCACUUUCCCCAUCUUACCCAGCUACCAGUGUGUCAUGUAUCCAAAAAAUAAAGAUGCUUGGUGUCAAAG